CUGCGUGCGGGAUGGUCGUUUACAUCACGUAGCCGGCCGGCUAACUACUUCCUCCAUCAUUUUUAGCUGCGUGCGACCAUAGACAGUACAUAAACGCGAGGCUCUAAAGGCUCCUAAACCUGUCCGAAUAAUUUCUCGAUAGGUGAUUCAAAUAGCGACACACUCCCUAAACAAUCAAGAUGUCUUCUUAUGAUGAGAAUGAGUCAAAGUUUCUUCGUAAGGCAAAGGAGAAUCCAUUUGUCCCAGUGGGAAUGGCUGGAUUCUUUGCCAUUGUGGGGUACAGACUGCUGAAAAUGAAAAGUCGGGGAGACACAAAAAUGUCAGUUCACCUGAUUCACAUGCGUGUUGCUGCCCAAGGCUUUGUGGUUGGAGCCAUGACUGUUGGGGUCCUGUAUUCAAUGUACAAAGAGUACAUUGUAAAACCCAGAGAAGAACAGAAAGCAGUGCAACACAAAUGAACAUGGACUGACAUUUUAUGUCCCUUAAUAUUACCUCAUAUUAAGGUGUGUAGAAGUUUAUUUUUAGAUGUGUCAUAAUUAUUGUAUGCACACAUCCCUUCAGAAGCUCACAUCUACUGUUAACUUAUUGAUUACACUUCCUAUCCUCUAAGUAGCGUACCAGAGGGUCAAGUUAUCUCUUCUGUACUGAGGAGGUGUAUUGCUCCAGCUGUUUUAACACUGGUUGCACUCUUUGUGUUUGCGUCUCUGAAACCCAGCUGGUUUGAUAUCUAUUCAAACAGGUGACUUGACUACAUAGUUUUGUUGCCUCUUAUUGAAAAGGUGUGUGAGUGAAAUAUUAAAAACUAAAACAUCUAGCAGAUAGACUAGGCUAAGCCUAGAUUUAAAAAAUAACCACCAAACGCAGGUAGACUUCUAAUUUAUUUCUUCUUUUCAUUGUGUUUAUUUUAUUGUCUCGCACAGCUAUAUUUUUGGAUGUACUAAUGUAGGGAUUUUUGCCAAAUGGAAAAUGUUUGCACCUUAGCCCACUUUUUUCUUCUUCAUGGGCAUCCCAGUGCAUUAGGCGUGUGUUUUGAAAGGCUUUGACAACAUGUGGUUUAAAGACUAGGCCUGUGCUUUCACAUUAUUUAAACAACAAUGACACAAAUGGUUUGUGACCCACCACAGUAUCAAGCAAUUACAUGGGGAAAAAAAAACAAAAAAAACAUAGGGGUAUAUUGUAGAAAAUAUUACAGAAAUACAGUGUGUGAUUUCUUUCAAUAGGCGAUACAAAUGUAUUGUAAAGGCCAAGUCUUUUUUUUCAUUUGAAUUGUUGUACACAGGGCUCCGAUGUCUUCAUGAGACUAAACUAACUGAGGUGCACCUGAAGACUGUGCAGUAACCCAUAGCUUGUGAUGUGCUUAAACAGAUGCCUUUUUAAGUUUUUCGCAAAGUUAAGUUUUAAAUGUUGUAUACAAAUACAGUUCCUUUUUCUAAAGUUUCUUUUUCUGGAAAUAAAAAUGACCAGUCUUGUAAUUCUGAAA